AAAAAAAAAAAAAGUUAUUGUGAUCAAGAGAUUCAACAUGUACUCCUGAAGAAUGAAAAAUGCAGGUUUGCCAUGAAAGAUGGUAGUACGUGGUUUAACAAAAUUUGAAGAGUAAUUCCGAGUUAUCUUUAUGACAGUGUACAGGCUGGUAAUGCUCAUAUCCAGCGUGUUUUCUCACUGUGAGCGUCCAACGGACCAGAACGAAGCAAGUGGAGGUAGUGCUGUUGCAGAGCUGCGGCGCCGCCGGAACCAACAGCAUUUGGAGGAAUUCCAAUCCUGAAUUCUGCCAAACGAGGAAGUGUUGAGGACAGCCAAAUCAUUAGGGAGAUGUAAUUCAUGAGAAAACUUUGUAAUUUAAAUACUCAUAAUUUAUUUCAGAUAGAUAAAACUGCAAUAAUGCACUUGCUGUAUCUGGGAACGAACUCUACCCAAUGCAGCUGAAACCUCAGGUCAUUUCUAAAGGAGCCACCCGAGGACUUGUGGGAAAUGUAGUGUGCACUUUCUGAGGGAGUGACGCGAGGACUUAUGGGAAAUGUAGUGUGCACUUUCCGGCCCCAAUCGCGGGAGCCGCUCUGGGCCUUCUGCGCCCUGUAGCUCCAGGUUUGUUUUUCUUUUCAUCAGCCUGCUAUCUCCCGGCGACAGGGCAGAGAACGCGGUGGAAUCUCGCUGUUGCCUCCCAAUCACCUGUGGUCAGCGUCGCUGCGUUGUCACCGCAACGCUGAGGCCAGCCGGGUGGCUGGAAGCGGAUUCCACACCGAGGCUCUGCCCAGCGUCACCCGGCCUGCUGUGUCCUCGCAGGUUGCAGCUUCAUGGCCUGACACCUCCACUACGCCCUCACAGUUUUCUCUGCUGUUCCAACACCUGUGGAAGAUGAUCACAGCCCAGGGACCAGUGUCAUUUAGGGAUGUGAGUGUGGGUUUUACUCAAGAGGAGUGGCAGCAUCUGGACCCUGCUCAGAGGACCCUGUACAGGGAUGUGAUGAUGGAGAACUACAGCCACCUUGUCUCAGUAGGGUAUUGCAUCCGUAAACCGGAAGUAAUCCUCAAGUUGGAGAAAGGCGAGGAGCCAUGGAUAUUAGAGGAAAAAUUUCCAAGCCAGAGUCAUCUGGAAUUAAUUAAUGCCAGUAGAAACUAUUCAAUAAUGAAGGUCGAUGAGUUUAACAAAGGCAGAAAAUGUUCCUGUGAUGAAAAGCAUAAAAUAGUUCAUUCUGAAGAGGAAACUUAUGAAUAUAAUAAAAAUGGGAAUGGCUUCUGGCUUAACGAAGACCUCGUUUGGCAUCAGGAAAUUAAAAAUUGGGAGCAACAUUUUGAAUACGAUGAAUGUGGGAAAGCUUUAUCUGAGAAUUCGCUCUUCCUUGUACACAGGAGAGCUUACACAGGACAGAAAACCUGCAAAUAUAUUGAACGUGGGAAAACCUGUGAUAUGUCAUUUUUCACUACUCAUCAGCAAACACAUACAAAAGAGAACCACUAUGAAUGUAAUGAAUGUGGAGAAAAUAUCUGUGAGGAAUCCAUUCUCCUUGAACAUCAGGGUGUUUACCCAUUCAGUCAGAAGUUAAAUCUCACCCCAAUUCAGAGAACCCACUCAACUGACAAUAUUAUUGAAUAUAAUGAAUGUGGAACUUUUUGCAGUGAAAAAUUAGCCUUUCAUGUACAACAGAGAACACAUACAGGAGAAAAACCUUAUGACUAUCAUGAAUGUGGAAAAACCUUCACUCAGAAGUCAGACCACACAAGACAUCAGAGAACACACACAGGAGGAAAACCCUAUGAAUGUCAUGAAUGUGGGAAAAACUUCUGUAAGAAUUCAGACCUCAUUAAACAUCAAAGAAUUCAUACAGGGGAGAAACCUUAUAGAUGUCAUAUGUGUGGGAAAUCCUUCAGUGAAAAGUCAACCCUUACUCAACAUCAGAGAACACACACAGGGGAGAAACCAUAUGAAUGUCAUGAAUGUGGGAAAACCUUCUCAUUUAAGUCAGUCCUUACUGUGCAUCAGAAAACACACACAGGGGAGAAGCCCUAUGAAUGCUAUGAAUGUGGGAAAGCCUUUCUCAGAAAAUCAGACCUCAUUAAACAUCAAAGAACUCAUACAGGAGAAAAACCUUAUGAAUGCAAUGAGUGUGGGAAAUCAUUCUCUGAGAAGUCAACUCUUACUAAACAUCUAAGAACUCACACAGGUGAGAAACCUUAUGAAUGUAUUCAGUGUGGAAAAUUUUUCUGCUACUACUCUGGUUUCACAGAACAUCUUAGAAGACACACAGGGGAGAAACCUUUUGGAUGUAAUGAAUGUGGGAAAACCUUUCGUCAGAAGUCAGCCCUAAUUGUUCACCAGAGAACUCAUAUAAGACAGAAACCCUAUGGAUGUAAUGAAUGUGGAAAAUCAUUCUGUGUGAAGUCAAAACUCAUUGCACAUCAUAGAACACACACAGGGGAGAAACCCUAUGACUGUAAUGUUUGUGGAAAAUCAUUCUAUGUUAAGUCAAAACUCACUGUACAUCAGAGAACACACUUGGGGAGAAACCCUAUAAAUAUAGUUAAGUGAGGGAAAUUACUCUGGGUGAAGUCAGAACUUUGUAGAAGAGAAUAUACAGGGUGAGAGAAAUCUGUUAAUAUAAUGCUAAUAAGAACACCUUUGCCCUGAAGUCAGUUCUCACAGUAUAGAAGAGAACUUAAACAGGGGAAAAAACAAUAUGAAGAUAUGGAAUGUAGGAACACAUUCCUCUGGAAUUUGGACCAUACAUUAUGUUGCAAAACUAAAAGUGGAAAAAACUUAUUGGCAAAUGAAUAUAGGAAAUAUUUUGCCCAAUGCCACAUCUCAGUAAAUAUCAGAGAGUUCGCACAGGGUAGAAACUUGCGACAGCAUCCCCAGAUUAAGAAGGGAUGCAUUUUUCUGCUAAUACUCCAGUUUUACUGAACAUCUGAGAAGACACACAGGGCGAAACCUUUUGGGUGUAAUGAAUGUGGGAAAACCUUUUGUGAGAAGUCAGCCCUAAUUUUUCACCAGAGAACUCAUAUAAGACAGAAACCCCCUGGAUGUGAUGAAUAUGGAAAAUAAUUCUGUGUAAAGUCAAGAGGCCAGAGAAAAUGCACAAACUAUAGGAAACUAUAGGAAAGCAUUUACUAUGAGGUUAUAUUUUAUGGAGAAUGUGUAAUUUAUAGUAGCUUCUCAGUGAACAUCAGAUAGUAGAGAAGGCAUUUUUAACUAUAUCCAAUGCAUGGAAGCUUUAAGUUAAAAUCUAAAUUUAAUAUAGACCAGAGAUGUUGAAUUUGCAGGAUAUCUAGCAAUUUAACAAAAUGUGGUAAAAAAGGUUUUUAUUGAGGAAUAGCAUUUUACUUUGUAAAAAUCCAAUUUAGUUCAUUGUGAAGACUGCUAUUUUCUAAGAUAGAGAUUUGAAAAGAUGCCACUCUGGAGUCAAUAGCUAUAAGUAGUUACUGCUUAGUUAUAUGCAAAAUCAGGGACGAUUUUUAGCAAGGGGACCCAGCAGCAAGAGUGCACUUGUAUGUCCAGGUAAAAAGAGAGAGACCCUCAACCUGGGGACAUAGGACAGGAGCCUGCUGCCAGGAUUUUUCAAUAAUCCUGAGACAGACUGAUUUCAGGUGACCCAUCUCAGAAUGGUGGAUCAAAGGGGCAAGUCAAUUUGCCUUGUAUGCAACUUACAAGGAUUAGUAGGAUAGAGUGGAUCCAGAUUUUUGGUGGUUUCAACCCUAGCGUAUGUCUAACACAUAAGCCAGGACGUUGUGCUGUGAGUGACUUCUUAUACCCAACUCUCUUCAUACCCAAUUUCAUACUGCAACAUGUCUUUCAUAGGUGAUACAGCUAUUUUUAAAAUACAUAUAGAUGUAACAAAUAUGGAGCUUUCAAAAAGUACAAAUAGGCUGGGCAUGGUAUCUCAUGCCUGUAAUCCCAGUACUUUGGGAGGCUGAGGUGAGCAAAUCACCUGAGGUCAGGAGUUUGUGACCAGCCUGGCCAGCAUGGUGAAACCCUGUCCCUACCCAAAAUACAAAAAUUAGCUGGGCACGGUGGCACAUGCCUGUAGUCCUGGCUACUAGAGAGGCUGAGGUGGUAGGAUCACUUGAACCUUGGAGGUAAAGGUUGCAGCGAGCUGAGAUCAUGCCACUGUACUCAUUCCAGCCUAGGCGACAGAGACUGUUUCAAAACAAACAAACAAAAAAGCAAAAAUAGAUUUUGCUGUUGGGUAAGGUAUAGUAAUUGGCAGAAGAAUGGACCCCUUGAGACCAACUCUAUAGAAGCAAAGAGGACUAAAGUGGCAAAAUUCUAGAGAGUGGUAAAUCCCAGAAAUCACAUGGACAGAAUGCAGCUGUUUGCUCUGGGGGUCCUUUCUACUUCUGGCCAUAGGGAAGAACCUGAAUACUGAACUUGGUUCAGGCAGAGGGCCAUAACCUAGGGGUUAUGGGGGGGACCAGAAAGCAGGAGAACAAUCAAGACUGCAUUGAAAAAAAAUUUAUACAUUAGGGGUCAAACACAUGCUAUUUCUCAAGAAAUCUUCAGAUGUCUCACACUGUGUAGGGCAGGAGCCUGAAAAGCUAAUUUGAGAAGAAAAAGGAUUUUUGUUUUUGUUUUGCAUUUUGCAGUACAGAGGAGAAAUGAUUAGAACUUAGGAAGUGCUAGCAGGCUGGUCCUUUGGCGAACAUGCCAUCAGUAAAAGUCCUGGAAACAAGGUCAAACCAGAGGUUGAUUGUGCCUUGUCACAAAUGCAAACAAUACCUGAGUGAAUAUUCAAAAAAUUGCUUAGAAAGAAAAACUCGAGGAACAAAUGUCUUCACUGCAGUUAUUCCAACUAUUUAAGAAAUAAAGAAUACCAAGCUUUUAUAAACUUUUUUUAGAAAAAAAUGAUGGAACUUUUCCAAUUCAGUUUUUGAGGCCAGUACAACCUUGAUACCAAACCU